GACGGAAUGCAGUUGAUUAGGCUAAGUAAAGGAAGGUAAAGCAAAGAGGGCCUGGAGAGCAUCCCUUUUGUGGUUGGGUGUCUUCCGGUGGCUAAUUGGUUUGGAAGUCUGAAGCGUUCUGGCAGGAAACACCUGAGAGCUGGUCACUCUUAAGUACCAGUACGAGAGUGGGUGGAGGAGCAGGAGAGGUGGCAGGCGCGGCAUCACCUGGACCAGCUGCUGGAAGUGUGAGCCGCUGCCCCAUGCUGUGUUGAUGCUGGUCUGCCAUGCUAGCCUGUCUACCAGGGCCAGGGGACCUGUCCUUUCAGCUUCUUUCUCACACGCAGAUGAACACUGGACUUCAGAAAUGGGACACUACACAGAAAAUGAGAACUGCUCACUACCCUACCCCAGCCGAAUUGGACGCGUAUGCUAAGAAGGUCGCAAACAACCCACUGACUAUAAAAAUCUUCCCCAACAGUGUGAAGGUUCCCCAGCGGAAACACGUUCGUCGUACUGUGAACGGCCUCGACACAUCAGCCCAGCGCUACAGCCCCUACCCGACUCAGGCUGCCACCAAGGCAGGCCUACUUGCCAUUGUCAAAGUGCCAGCCAAAAGCAUACUCAAGGACUUUGACGGCACCCGAGCCCGGUUCCUCCCUGAGGCCAUCAUGAACCCCCCAGUGGCGCCCUAUGCUACUGUGGCACCCAGCACUUUAGCUCACCCCCAGGCCCAGGCUCUGGCCCGCCAGCAGGCCCUGCAGCAUGCACAGACCCUGGCCCAUGCCCCUCCCCAGACACUGCAACACCCUCAGGGUAUACCACCACCACAGGCACUGUCUCACCCUCAGAGCCUCCAGCAGCCUCAGGGCCUGGGCCACCCUCAGCCGAUGGCCCAAACCCAGGGCUUGGUCCACCCACAGGCCCUGACUCACCAGGGUCUCCAGCACCCCCCUAAUCCCUUGCUGCAUGGAGGCCGGAAGAUGCCAGACUCAGAUGCCCCCCCGAAUGUGACCGUGUCUACCUCAACUAUCCCCCUUUCAAUGGCGGCCACCCUGCAACACAGCCAGCCCCCGGACCUGAGCAGCAUCGUGCACCAGAUCAACCAGUUUUGCCAGACGAGGGCAGGCAUCAGCACUACCUCAGUGUGUGAGGGCCAGAUCGCCAACCCCAGCCCCAUUAGUCGUAGUCUGCUCAUCAAUGCAAGCACCCGGGUGUCGACCCACAGCGUCCCCACACCAAUGCCUUCAUGUGUGGUCAAUCCCAUGGAGCACACCCAUGCGGCCACAGCCGCACUGCCUGCUGCAGGUCCUGUCAACCUGCCCACAGGCAUCUCUCGAGCCCCCACUGGCUAUCCUAGCGACCUCAAGCCAGUGACCUGGAACCAGCACCAGCUGGCCCACCUACAACAGAUGUGCAGCGAGGCUGGUGGGACACCAGCUCCUGGCCUGACAGGCAAACAUACAGCAGGACGCGAGUUGGCAGGGCCUGGUUUUGUGGGCAAGGCCCCUGCCUACCCGCAGGAACUCUGCCUGGCACAGUCCUUCCAUCUGAAGCCUUCCCUGGAGAAGCCGACCCCAUCCCCACCUGUCAACGGCCUACCAGCCCCACUGGCCUAUCCUAAUGGUCACUACUUCCAACCCCUGUGGAACAACAUCCUACCAACUCCCAAUAGCGACAGCUCUGGGUCUCAGGACCUUGCAAUGCCGUUCCAUGGUGGGCAGCCCACAGGUGCACCCCUCGACUGUGCGGCAGCUCCUGGGGCCCACUACCGAGCGGGAACUGGGGGUGGGCCAGUGGCAAGCCAGAACAGCUUGAUGCAAACAGUGGAUUACCUGAGUGGGGAUUUCCAGCAGGCCUGCUUCCGAGAACAGAGCCUGGCCAUGUUGAGCAAGGCUCACCGAGCCCCUGGCACCAGAGCCCCUGAUCCCACAGAUAGUCGAAAUCUUCAUAUUCAGCACCCAGGGUAUAGAUAGGGAGCCGUGAUGCCCUCUUCAGGCAACACGUCACACAUCACCCUUCUAGGUUUAGUCUGAAUUUUAAGUAACUGGAUAGUUUCAAAGUCUCACUGCUCCAAUGUGAUCAUCCUUAGAUACCUACGGAAGGGAACUUGGCAGGGUCUAUUUGGGGGCAGAAAAAGGUCCUUUAUCCUUCCCUCAAGCAACUCUUGGUUUCCUGUGAGCCUAACCCUGUCCUCUCAGCCAGCUGCCUAUCAGUCAGUCUCCACCUUGACCACUUGUUACUCUUGCCAUCUUUUACUGAGACUGAGGUGUGGCUGAGGGGAGUGGCCUAGAGCCUUAAGUUGGGCUUCUCUGUCUGGGACUAAGAAGCCAGACUUUCUAAGUGCUCUGAAAGCUAAUUUUUUAUCCCCCCAAAGAUGUCAAAUAAACACAAUUUCUGUCUUUCCCAGCUACUCCCAUUCUUCAAGGCUUGGUUCUGCAUUUAUGUUGCUCCCAAGCCACUGUGUUCGUCCUUGCCAAAGCCUUGAGACUCAAAAAAAAAAACCUUUGCAUUGGCAUCUUGGUUCUUGACUCCCCUUCCAGAGAAAUGCAGUGGCCAUCUGCAUUCUCAAGACCUCCUGUCACUGUUGCCUCUCUCCAAACUCAACUACUGUCCUCAUCCCUGCCUCCCCUCCCCCUUAAGAAAGAAAAACAAACAAAAACUACCUUACUUGAAGAAUUAAUGAUAGGUAAAGGAUGAUCACAUUAGAGUUUGGAAUUAAAAACACCAAAAAAGUUUUAAAAAAAAAAGGAAAGUUGAAAUGCAUUUGGUUAUCUACACUGGCUAAGAAUUAAUGGUCCACACUGUAAGUUUUAAAUGUCAUGUUUCUGUAUGAAUGUGUGGGUUUGAGGAGCAUUUUGUAUGAGUGGCCCCACGGGUAUCAUCCACCCUUAACAUUUUGCAGCCCUUCAGUUUAAUGAAGAACAAAAAGAAAAACACAAAGCCUUAAGCUCUUUGAAUUCUUCCUCUACCAAAUGAGCAUGGUCAGACCGCUAUAGAGGGGCUCACAUUGGAAACAGCCCCUCUUUCCCAUUGCCCGUUCUCAGAGCACCUUCCACUUGUUCAAGGACCAAUGUGUCUCAUUCCCAAGUGGCAAUUACUUGUCUAGAAAUCCAACACUUCUCUGUAACUUUAGAUUGUUUCGUUGUAAAAUUUUGCACCUGUCUUCUGUUGCACAGUUGGGCUUUAAAAAUAAUAAUAAUGAGCCCUUGCCUUUCCUCGUCUUUGGGGAAUGUGACGGUUUGGGGUUUAUUCUCACUGUUCUUUAGCCAGAAAUUCUGUAGUGAUCUGAAGCAAUGUGACUUAAGACCAGUUUUUAAAUUAUGUGUUGGCAAGUUGCCUUAUAUUUAAAAGAAGGAAAAAAAAAAAAGGAAAAUUGCCUGAGUGUGUUAUGCCAAAUGAUAGCAACAUGAAGUCCUAAUCUGUUGUUUCCCUGCUGUCUGUGAACACUGAUAUUAUUGCCCUGUUCCCAAGCCCCUCAAUUUCCGGUGCAGCCUCUUCCAAAGUGCUGACCACAUCACCCAGGGCCCCUCCACUGGCCAACUUUCUGAGUCAUGUGUAAGGAGCUUCGCUAUCUCCUGUGACCUCACUUGCUUGACCUCUGAUAUAUUCUUGUACCCCUCCUCAAAUUCUCCCAUGGGCUGCCACUGUAGGAAACUGGACCAGACGCUAACUUGGGGCCUUUCACACCUCACUCCCACAUCUAUUCUGCAUGGAAAAUGUACUGAUUCCCUUACCCUACAAAUGACUGCCCUCAACUUUGGUGUAAGACGUUUCCUAGUUCAACCUGAUUGUCCUCCACCCAACCCCCAACCAGCAAUAAGGGUCCAAACCAGGGCCUCAUCUCCACACCUUGCCUCCAAAAGCCCCAUGCCACCCCAUGGGAAUACCUGGGUUCCCCAUUCUACUCGCAUACUGUAGUAUCUGUUCUCCAUCUCUCACCUCACCUGUGGCGGUUUAUGGGUGUGGGUUGGUUUUUUUGUUUUGUUUUUUUUUUUUAAUUAUAAACCAGUAAAACAGAAAACCUCCUCUUGA